UCAUGCGCAUUGUCUACAGUUAUUUCAACACGCGGAUUUGUAGGCUUAUUGUAUUUGUUAAUGAUACUCACAAUAUUAAGUUUAGCGAUUUCAGAAUUCAAUUUAUUUUAUAAUGGAAGCCACUUCGGAGGGCCAGGCAGCUCCAGUUUCAUGGGAGCAAGAAAAUGCAGACAAUAAUAAAGGUAAAGGCGACAUUGGCGAUGGUUUAGAGACAUCACUGUCAAGCCUGAACGUGGAUGCACCGCCAUUUGUGCCAUCUUUCGCGACUCUUGUUGCAGCAAAAGUUCAAGUCGACGAAGCCGGUGACGAGGGGCAACUGAUACCGGAUCCACCCCCACCAUGUGCUGAGCAGGAUAAUGGAGAAUUACCUGAUGAGACAGUAGAUGAAGUUGGUGGAACUGAUGAGACGCCAGCAGAUUGGGAAGAGGCAGAUGUGGAAGAGACUAAUCACACUGAUCUAGCUGAAGAUGAUGAAAUUUCUGAGCCUCAAUCCACACCAAAGCCCAAGAAGAAACCUAAGAAUGAAGAGCAUGGAAUAAGGAAAGAACAUGUAAAUAUUGUGUUUAUUGGCCAUGUAGAUGCUGGCAAAUCAACCAUUGGUGGACAGCUUUUAUACCUGACAGGCAUGGUUGACAAGAGGACUCUUGAAAAAUAUGAACGAGAAGCUAAAGAGAAAAAUCGUGAAUCAUGGUAUUUAUCCUGGGCUCUUGAUACUAACCAGGAAGAGCGAGACAAAGGUAAAACAGUUGAAGUUGGACGUGCUUACUUUGAAACUGAGCACAAACGUUUCACCCUUCUUGAUGCUCCUGGACAUCGAAGUUUUGUACCCAAUAUGAUUGGUGGUGCAUGUCAAGCUGACUUAGCUGUUUUGGUAAUCUCAGCAAGAAAGGGUGAAUUUGAAACUGGAUUUGAAAGAGGAGGCCAGACCAGAGAACAUGCUAUGUUAGCAAAAACAGCUGGAGUAAAGCAUUUAGUAAUACUGGUGAACAAAAUGGAUGAUCCAACUGUUGAGUGGGCUGAAGACAGGUUCAAUGAAUGUAAAGAAAAAUUGGUUCCCUACUUGAAAAAAUGUGGCUUUAACCCCAAAACGGACAUCUUUUUCAUUCCAUGCUCAGGGCUUACUGGGGCUUUUCUUAGAGACCUCUUAGAUGAGAAAAUUUGUCCAUGGUAUAGAGGCCCAUCUUUACUCCAGUACAUUGAAACACUUCCGUCAUUAAACCGGCCAGUGGAAGGACCUUUCAUAAUGCCUGUUGUAGACAAGUACAAGGACAUGGGAACAGUGGUUCUAGGCAAAAUUGAGUCAGGAGCAGUGAAGAGGAAUCAGCAGCUGAUCUUAAUGCCCAACAGGAAACAAGUGGAAGUGUUAACUUUAUGGACUGAUGAAGAGGAAGUCAACAUGGUUUCCUCUGGUGACAGUAUAAAGAUAAAGCUGAAAGGAGUAGAAGAGGAGGAAGUCCAGUCAGGCUUUGUCCUUUGUGAUGCAGACAAUCCAUGUACAGUUGGAAAAGUUUUUGAUGCUCAGGUUGUGAUCCUAGAACACAAGUCCAUUGUAUGCCCAGGUUACACAGCUGUGCUACACCUACAUGCAGCUGUGGAAGAGGUUUCUGUCAAAGCCUUAAUCUGCUUAAUUGAUAAAAAGUCUGGAGAACGGAGUAAGACACGGCCUCGGUUUGUUAAACAAGAUCAAGUUGCCAUUAUGAGAUUAGAAUGUUCAGAUUUGACCUGUAUGGAGUCUUUUAAAAAAUUUCCACAGAUGGGGCGAUUCACAUUACGAGAUGAAGGUCGCACCAUUGCUAUAGGAAAAAUUUUAAGAGUAGUUGAAUAAAGAUUUAAAGACUCCAUAUACAAUAUCUGAAGAAAAGUGAACUGUCAAGAAGGCAUGCCACAUCCCCAGCAUCAAAGAUGUGGAGUUUGACUGCUUAGCCUUUUUUUGUAUCAAGAUCCUUUUAACUGCAGGCUUACUUUCUAAUAACUUGGGCAUGGGAGAAGCUAUAGAGAAAAAAAAUUAUUUUUAUCAUCUUUAUUGUACUUCCAAACAAAUGAAGAACAGCUCAAUGUGUAGGAGCUUGUGGAAAGUAUUUCUCACAUACACUGAUUUGCAUUUUUAUAAACCUUGUUACUGAUGAAACAUGUUGAAUAUGCUUUGUUGUUGGCUUUCCCAUAAAAAAAAAAAAUUAACAGACUGUGUUUUUAAUGGAACAAAGAUCUAAAUGGAGAAACCUUUUUUGGUAUUUGCUAGUUCUUUCUAAAGUUUUUAAUGACUAAUUUUGGCUUUAAUUGAUAAAAAAUGGCUGUUUUUCAAUCAGGAUUAGGGCAAGAAAAUGUUUACAACAAAGUAACAAGCUUUAUUUAGAUGACACUUAAUCCACAUAGCUGAAAGGGGAAUUAAAUUUCAUACACUUUUGGUCAGGUUGAUCAUGUCAAGAUUAGUUGGUUGCCUUGUUAUAUUUCUUACAUGAGGUUAAUAAAAGGGAUGUAUUAAUGACAUGUUCAUUAAAAGGAAA